AUGCUGCCUACCGACAUCGCCGUCGCGCCGACGUUUGCCACCAACGACGACGGCGCACCGUUCCCUCGCCCGUCCGCCUCCGCCUCGAUUGGCCUCGAGGACGACCGCGGCGCGCCCUCGGGCGACGGCACCUCGCGCAACCGCUCAAACGCCUCGGUUCGACACCUCAGCUGCGAGAACUGCCGCGUGCGCAAGAUGAAGUGCAGCCGCCAGUCGCCCUGCCUCUCGUGUCGCAGCCGCGGCGACAAGUGCGUCUGGAUCGGCCAAGCGCCCAACGGCAGCGCCGAUGAAGACGAGCUCGAAGCUUCAACGAACGAGGUCAACCGGCUCAAGAAGCUCGUCGACCUCCUCCUCGCUCGCCUCGAGGAGCAGGACGAGGCCGAGCAGCAGCUCGAGUUCUACCAGCACGCGCAGCAGCCGCCUAUCGCGCCGCCGCCGCCGCCGCCGCACGGCCAACGCCGUCCGAGCGACGACGGCCCGCUCCCGCCCAACUACACGCACCGCGGCGGCAGCGGGUACGGCUCGGUCGGCCCGAGCGCAGCGUCGCCGAGGACGGAGCAGCACCCGCGGUGGAGCACGUCGGGCCCUGCUGGCGCCCCGAGCUUCGGCGGCGCAGGCGGCAGCGGCGGCGCUCGCUCGCCGCACGUCGGCUGGGGCGGCGACAUCCCUGUCUCGCCGAUGCAGGGCGUGCAGCUGCAGUCGCCGCAGUUCGGGCGCCGGCCGAGCAGCUUUUCGCACCACGGCCUGCAGCACUCGUCGAUGGCCGAGUCGGGGCAGCAGCGAGGCCCGUCGUUCGGUGGCACUGGCGGCGGCGGCGGCGGCGAGUACGGCAGAGGGCCGCAGGGUGGAGCGGUGUUGCCGCCUGGUGCACGCGCGGUGUACGGCCAGCAGUCGGGCGAGUCGCAGCGGUCGGGGUGAGGGGGAGGAGGAACUUCGCGUCGGCGAGGAGGGGUCGACGGGUCGAC